UUCUGCUUUGUAAAGUUACACAGACUGUUUCAUUUUAUGGUUUAAUGCAAUAAAUGUACCGGACAGAUUGUUACUACUCUGUUUCUUCCCAAAACGUACAACCAAGUUUUUUCUGCGAUGGCAACAAGUGAACAGAGUAUUUGCCAAGCCCGGGCGUCAGUUAUGGUCUAUGACGAUACCAGUAAGAAAUGGGUGCCAAUAAAGCCCGGCCAGCAAGGCUUCAGCCGAAUCAACAUCUACCACAACACUGCCAGUAACACGUUUAGAGUAGUCGGAGUUAAGCUACAAGAUCAGCAAGUAGUGAUUAAUUAUUCAAUUGUGAAAGGACUGAAGUACAAUCAGGCAACGCCAACAUUCCAUCAAUGGCGUGAUGCGCGGCAGGUUUAUGGACUGAACUUCGCUAGCAAGGAAGAGGCCACCACAUUCUCAAAUGCAAUGCUGUUUGCUCUGAAUAUCAUGAACUCGCAGCAAGAUGGAGGUCCAACAACCCAACGCCAGGUACAAAAUGGACCUUCUCCAGAUGAAAUGGAAAUUCAGAGAAGGCAAGCGAUGGAGCAGCAGCAACAGCGCCAGGAAUCUCUGGAAAGAAGAACUUCUACCACAGUUUCCACCCUUCAGAUAAAAGUGUCUUCCUCCCCUUUCCACUGCCAGUCUCCUCCUCCUGACUACAGUAACUACAAUGCUUCCACUUCCGCUGGUGCUGUCGUUCCUCCUCCUCCUCCUUAUGCCAAAGUUAUUUCAUCGGCAUCUCCUCCUCUCCCUGAGCCUGCUAGCAAAGCCUCUUUCAGAUCCGCUCAUGGGCCCAGAGAGUCCCCUUUGCUUUGCCACCGGCAUCCUGCCUCCGAGUGCCCACCAUCUCCAGGCCCUUCCUUUCCUCCGGCCUGGCCAGGCCACCGGACCGUGACACGGAGCACCAAGCAAAUCUCUUUAUCGCCUCCUCCUGCCCCUGCUUCCCAUUAUCCCUUCACCCCUCAUCAGCCUCUCAGACGUUCCUCUCUCUCAUAUUCUCCUCAGUCUUCCUCUCCUCCUGUGACCCUGACGUCCCCUGUACCAAAGGGGCUGGUCCUGCAGCCCCAUAUUCCAGUAGUCCUUCCCGUGAUUCCUGCCCAAAAUGGCAGAAUCCGAAGGCCUACAGAUACAGUGGUCCAAGAUGCCUCAGCAAAUGUACCUCAACUAGGUCUGAAUGGCCGCCGCGAAGAACAUUUAGCCACGCAAAUUCCUCUAAGCUCUUCUAGGACCCAGGUAAAGAGAACAGACGAGUCCUUUUUCUCAUACCUAGAACCCGUGCCUGUCUCACAUCUGCCCAUUGUAACCGGCCCGGCUGGGUCCUAUAUGCAGGCCUUUUCUCGGCCCUCCCAACAGUUGCGUCAUUCUCCACACCAACUCUAUCCAUCCAUGUCGCACUUUGUUUCAUUACCUCCUCAUUACGCUGCUGUGUCUGAGGUGAAUUUGUCCAAGAGGACCCCUCCUUACAUGACUUCAUCAACCAUUUCCCACUUGAGCCCAGUUCUUCCACCAGGUCACCCCUCUGCUGCUGCCGGAAUACCCACUUCGUCCGGUGGACCGCCCCCUCCACCGCCCCCACCGCCCCCACCUUCAGGAACUGCGCCUCCUCCUCCUCCCCCACUGCCAGCAGGGGGUGGAGGAACUAGCACUGAUGACGGGUCAGUGUCAGGACUAGCGGCGGCUCUGGCUGGUGCCAAACUAAGGAGAGUACAACGGCCAGAGGAUGUAUCAGGAGGUUCUAGUCCCAGUGGAGCUUCCAAGAGCGAUGCCAAUCGAACAAGUAGUGGAGGAGGAGGACUAAUGGAAGAAAUGAAUAAACUAUUGGCAAAAAGGAGGAAAGCAGCAUCACAGACGGACAAGCCAGCUGACAAGAAAGAAGAGGAAAGCCAAAAUGAAGAUGCUAGCACCUCCCCUUCACCUGUUACACGAGGUCCCGUUCAGCAGCAGAAUUCUUCAGAUGCUGGGAAAAAGCCUUGGGAGAGGAGCAACUCUGUGGAAAAACCUGUCACUUCAUUACUCUCUAGAAACCCAUCAGUGGGGAGAAGUCCUGAACCUAAGAGCCCCAUUCAGUUCCAACCAUCCUUUAGGAUGAAGCCAGCAAGCAGCAGCAAUGACGUGGCAAUGGACACCUUAGAUUUUGAUCGCAUGAAGCAAGAAAUAUUGGAGGAAGUUGUAAAAGAGUUACACAAAGUAAAAGAAGAGAUAAUCGAUGCCAUCAGGCAGGAGUUGAGUAGAAUCAGUACAACAUAAUGGCCAUGGAACCAUCUGGAAGUCAAAAAGGAUAUGAAAGGCAACUGGAUCAUUUCUAAGUGUGCCGAGAUCAUGCGAGAUGGUGAAAGAGGACACCUGGCACCGUCUUUUGUUCUUAAAUCCUUUUUAUUAGCAGACUCAGCAGACUUUGAAGCUUGCUGCUGCCCUGGAUUUGCUUCAUUUAAAACAAACAAAAAAAGAAAGAAAAAAAAAAGUCUUAAAAUCUUAAAAAAGAAAAUAUUAAAAGUUUAAAUUUCUGGAUUUUUUAAAUUUCAUCUGACAAUGCACAUCAGAUUUGGUCAGCCUUUUUUGUAUUUUGUAUUUGCUUAUUUAAAUGUAUGACAUUUUUCUUUUUAGUAUAUAGUAGGUAAGGAAACACGUGAACCAUUCGCUUUUACUAGAUGACUUCAAAGUAACUUUACUGGUAGUCUGCAAUGUAAAUGAAGACCUUUUUUGCCAACAGAAUCUUAUUUGUGGCAUCACCAGUGGAGGCUGAAAGAUGCCAGCUGUCAACCAGCAAGUCCCUGGUCUCAAGAGCUAUCACAAUAUUAAAGCGGUACAUCAGUGCAUCACAGUAUCUGUGUUCAUAUUGGUAAUAAAUUGUUCAUUGUCCACGUGG